GGCAUAGAGGAUUAUAUGGGUGAUAUGGACUUCAAGAUGGCUGCCACGGCUUCUGGUCUGACUGCUAUUCAGGCAGAUAUCAAAUUACCUGGGAUCCCUUUCUUUAUUGUUGUCAAAGCUUUAGAGGAUGGAUUUGCUGCCACCAAACAAAUCCUGGACAUUAUGGCUCAAACCAUCGCACAGCCACGCAAAAGUUUGAAACCUUGUGGCCCAGUUACAGAAAAAUUGGAACUUGACCAUUACAAACAGAUGAAGCUAGCUGGCAUUGGGGGAUACAACCUGAAAAAAAUCAAAUCAGAGACAGGUGUGACUAUGACUAGAAUAGAUGAGAAAAGCUUUCAAGUAUUUGCACCAAACAUAGAGGCUAUGACAGAGGCCAAAGAAAUGAUAGAAAAUAUCCUGGAAAAGGAGAAAGAACCAGAUCUAGAAUUCGGUGCAAUCUACACAGGCAAAAUAGUUGAAAUCAGGGACACUGGUGUUAUGGUUGAACUCCAUCCUAAGUUAAAGCCCAUUCUAUUACAUAACACCCAACUGGACCAGAGAAAGGUUUCACAUGCCAGCACACUUGGGAUGGAUGUAGGUCAUGAAAUAACCGUCAAAUAUUUUGGUAGAGACCCAGCAACAGGCACCCACCGUAUUUCUCGCAAAGUUCUGCAAGGACCACCUCUUCCCUUCAUACGCAAUCUCACAUCUACCAUUUAAAAGCAACACAGCUUUGUUUGAUGAUUUGAUAAUCAAUUUGUAACAAAAUGCUGAUUUUAUAAAUCUUCUAUAUAAAAAACAAUUUAAUAAAAUUUUGCAGUAAAUUGGA